AAGUCGCUCCCUUGGGAGUCACCCCUGUGCUUUCUAUUUUCUGAAGCCUGCCCUGCCUGGGGCAUCGCUCUCCCUUUUUCUCUUCCACCUCCUCUUCACUGCCUUUUCGGCUGGGGGUGAGGGGCUCGCUCGGCUCAGCUGCCCCCCCGGGGUCUCCAGCCACCAGCAUGUGCCUCGCACACUGUCCUGAAGCUGGGCAGCCCCAGCUGAGCCCCGAGCAUCCGAGUUCUGCCAGAGCAAAAGGCCCAGCAGCGCCGUAGCCCUGCAGUUCAUUGAGACGUGAAUGAUUCUGUCCCACCGGCUGGCAAUGGCUGGCGGCUGCCGCUUCCCCACCGCCUCGCCCAGCACUCCCCACUCCCCCUCCAUUUCUCCCCGCAGAUCUGUGCCUGCGCGGCCGCUGAUUUAAAAUGGCAGAAGGAGCAAAGGUGUUCAAGAAGACCAGCCCCAACGGCAAGCUAUCCAUCUACCUGGGGAGGAGAGACUUUGUGGAUCACGUGGAGUCAGUGGACUCUGUAGAUGGUGUCUGCUUGAUCGACCCGGAGUACCUAAAGGACAGAAAAGUGUACGUGACGCUGACUUGCGCAUUUCGCUACGGCCGAGAUGACCUCGACGUUAUCGGGUUGACCUUCAGGAAGGACCUCUAUGUCCUGACUACCCAGAUCUUCCCGCCAGUGCCGGACCAGGCACCCAAAACCCUCACUCCUCUGCAGGAGAAGCUGACAAAGAAGCUUGGGGAGAAUGCCUACCCCUUCACCUUCGAGAUUGCCACCAACCUGCCCUGCUCAGUCACCCUCCAGCCGGGACCAGAUGAUGUGGGAAAGGCCUGCGGCGUCGACUUUGAGGUCAAAGGAUUUUGUGCUGAAAACCUGGAGGAGAAAAUUCACAAGAGGAACUCCGUGCGCCUCAUCAUCCGCAAGAUCCAGUUUGCACCCAUGAAGACAGGCCCAGCCCCCAAGUCGGAGACCACCCGGCAGUUCAUGAUGUCCGACAAGCCCCUGCACCUCGAAGCCUCCCUGGAUAAGGAGGUCUACUACCACGGAGACCCCAUCAACGUGACCGUCAACAUCAACAACACCACCAACAAGAUUGUGAAAAAAAUUAAGAUCUCAGUUGAUCAGAUCACAGAUGUGGUCCUCUAUUCGCUGGAUAAAUACACGAAGACUGUGUGCACUGAGGAGAUAAAUGAGAACGUGGCGGCCAACUCCACCUUCUCCAAAACGUACUCCAUCACCCCCACGCUCUCGGCCAACCGUGAGAAGCGAGGCCUCGCUCUCGAUGGCAAGCUCAAGCACGAGGACACCAACCUGGCUUCCUCCACCAUCCUGAGACCCGGCAUGGACAAGGAGGUGCUAGGCAUCCUGGUGUCCUACAAAGUGAAGGUCAACCUGGUGGUGUCCCGAGGAGGCAUCCUGGGGGAUCUCACUUCCAGUGACGUUGGUGUCGAGCUACCUGUCAUCCUGAUGCACCCGAAGCCUGCGGACGAUAAGCCAAGGAGCGAGGAGGACAUCGUCAUCGAGGAAUUCGCUCGCCAAAAACUCAAGGGGGAGAAAGAUGACGAAGACGAGAAGGAGGAGGCUGACAAGGAGGAAAGCUAACCUGUCGCACGGAGAGCCACCGCGCCCCGGUUUGGGACCUAGAUGCCCGUAGCGUGUUCCCCGCUGCACCGCACGCGGUGCCGCCGCCUCAGCCCUCUACGCGCGGUGCGAUGUUAUUCCCCUAGGUACACCCUCCUCCCCCGGGCUCCUCGCACCGACUCCGAGCCCUGGCUGUGGUGGCGGGAGCCACCCGGUACAACUGCGUGCGGGCUGGUGCUCCCACCCACCUCGCACCCAUGGGCGCCAGUGGAGGAGACGGGGAGGGUGCACCGGAGCCCGGCCGAGCGCCGUCAGUUUGUCGUUUGCCUGCGUUACGUGAUACUCUGUGACACCGUUAUAAAUAAACCCGCCCCGGUGACCCGGUGCAGGCUCUGUGUGGUGGUAACCGGGGCCGUGGGGGAGACCGGAACGGGCAACCGGUGCCUCGGGCGGGGCUCGGCGGGAGGGCUCGGGGCUGGAGGAGCCGGUGGCGGCGGCUCCUGGCCGGGUCCCUCCCCCUUCCAGUCCCCGGUACAGGCCGCCAUUAUCGCCGCCCCGCGAGGGCG